AUGUCUGCGAUCUCAUCAUCAAAAGCUAAGAGAGAAGCUAAGAGAUUAGAAAGAGAAGCCGCCAAGGCUGCUGCCGGUAAGACCACCAAGAAGACCAAGAAGCAAGCUGCAAAAGAUGCCGAAGAAGAUGUCGUGGAUGAUGCCGAGACCCAAAUUGCAAAAUUGAAGUUGCAAACCGAUGAAGAUGGGUUGUCCGAUAGAGUCACCACCGGUGUUUUAGAAUCCCUUGUCACAUCCAGAGAUAUCAAGAUCUCCUCCCUUUCCUUGUUGUUCCACGGUAAGGUUUUGAUUCAAGACUCCGUUUUGGAACUUAACUACGGCCGUAGAUACGGUUUGUUGGGUGAAAACGGUUGUGGUAAGUCCACCUUAUUGAAGUCUUUGGCUGCCAGAGAAUACCCUGUUCCAGAGCACAUUGAUAUUUACUUGUUGAAUGAACCAGCUGAACCAACCGAAUUCUCUGCCUUGGAAUACGUUGUCAGAGAAGCUGAAGCUGAAAUGAAGCGUUUGGAAGACUUGGUCGAAGAUUUGAUCAUCAAGGAAGGUCCAGAAUCCCCAACCUUGGAAGGUGUCUACGAAAAGAUCGACGAAAUGGACCCAUCCACUUUCGAAUCUAGAGCUGCCAUCAUCUUGACUGGUUUGGGUUUCAACGGUGUCACCAUCAAGAAGAAGACCAAGGAUAUGUCUGGUGGUUGGAGAAUGAGAGUUGCUUUGGCCAAGGCUUUGUUCGUUAAGCCAACCUUAUUGUUGUUGGAUGACCCAACUGCCCAUUUGGAUUUAGCCGCUUGUGUUUGGUUGGAAGAAUACUUGAAGAGAUUCGACAGAAUUUUGAUUUUGGUUUCUCACUCCCAGGAUUUCUUGAACGGUGUCUGUAGCAACAUGAUUGAUAUGAGAAUGAAGGAAUUGCAAUUAUACGGUGGUAACUACGAUUCUUAUGUCAAGACCAGAGCUGAAUUGGAAACCAAUCAAAUGAAACAAUACAACAAACAACAAGAAGAAAUCGCUCAUAUUAAGAAAUUUAUUGCAUCUGCUGGUACUUAUGCUAAUUUGGUUAGACAAGCCAAGUCUAGACAAAAGAUUUUGGAUAAGAUGGAAGCUGAUGGUUUGAUUCAACCUGUUGUCCCAGACAAGGUUUUCUCCUUCAGAUUCCCACAAGUCGAAAAAUUACCACCUCCAGUUUUGGCCUUCGACAACAUGUCCUUCUCUUACUCUGGUAACCCUGAAGACAACUUGUAUGAAGGUUUGGAUAUCGGUAUUGAUAUGGACUCCAGAGUUGCUUUGGUUGGUCCAAAUGGUAUUGGUAAGUCUACCUUGUUGAAAUUGUUCCAGGGUAAAUUACAACCACAAGCCGGUAGAGUCAUCCAACACACUCACAUUAAGUUAGGUGUCUACUCCCAACAUUCUGCUGAACAAUUGGACUUGACCAAGACCCCAUUGGAGUUCGUUCGUGACAAGUUCUCUAACAUUUCUCAAGAUUACCAAUACUGGAGACAACAAUUGGGUAGAUAUGGUUUAACCGGUGAAGGUCAAACUUCCCAAAUGGCCACCUUGAGUGAAGGUCAAAGAUCUAGAGUUGUUUUUGCUUUGCUUGCUUUGGAAUCUCCUAACUUGAUCUUGUUGGAUGAACCUACUAACGGUCUUGAUUUGGCUACCAUUGAUUCCUUGGCUGAUGCCAUCAAUGAUUUCAACGGUGGUGUUGUCGUUGUUUCUCACGAUUUCAGAUUACUUGACAAGGUUGCUAAGGAUAUUUUCGUCAUUGAGAACAAGGGUGCUACCAGAUGGGAAGGUUCUAUCUUGGACUACAAGAAGACUUUAGCUCAAAACGUUGUGAUCUGA